ACAUUCACGGUGCUAUACUCAACUGUCGUCGCUGCUAGUGUCUAGAAGAGGUUUCCAAUCCCAAUCCGAUCCUCAGUUGAAUGCCGAAUGCACAUCAGCCCCGAGCUGACGGACGCGGAGAUUUUUGCACCAAGUAGCACGAUCUCAGUUGGAUACUGACCGCGACCCAGAAGUGCAGAGGUUGGAGCGCGCGUUCGGAUGUUUAGUUGCGAUACUUGGCUGUAUGGUGAAGGAAGAAGUGCAGCAGCAGUCUGGUGGUGCAGUUGUGAGUGCGAUAGUUUCAAUCCGCCUGCCAGAGCGAUUGAUGGGAAACCGAACGAGACGCGUCUUGCCGUCAGUAUAGUGCAGUGUAUGUGAUUUAUUCGAGGUGCUUUUAGUAGCUUGUUCUCUAAACAUUUUCAUUUCGAUUGAAAGAGACGUGUUGCCGAGUGCUGGGGAAAUUAAUCGAUUGCCAAUUCGAAAGUGUGCUGCAAAUAUCCGGAUUAUUCCUUAUGCUAAUUACGAGAGUAAGUGUCGAUAAUUAAUUAAGGUUACAGUAGUGGUGUGGAGGCGGGGUCGGAGGUGGAAGAUUGCAAGAAAGUGGCAUGAGAAAUUGAUAGACACACGUGCCAGGAAAAGUGCGAAGAGUGCACUCUAGCAGAUUUUCUUCUCGUUUUCGAAUUUUCUCGGUUUGGUGUUCGUUUCCCGGCCCGCGGACCAUCAGCAGCUGUUCGUCGCAGCACGAUUCGACAUUAGGUCUCUGUGGCCCAGACACAUAGCGUACCUAGAAGAUGUAUAAGGGGCUAAUUUAAAUCCAUCGCCAAAGCAUUAUCUGUGAGCAGUUUUUAUCUAGUAUUUUAGUCUAAUGCAAAUUUACCCCGUCAUCACUACGUCAUCACAAAAUUAGCCACGCGCGCGCCCCGGUGUUGUAUCGAAUAGGCAGAUAAGCCGAACACACAAGUCAUCACGUGGAUUGUCAACCACCCAACGAGAUUUGCGUGCAAACACUAUCAUUGAUUCUUAUCUCCGCACGAUAUCGAUCAGUGUGAUUCAGUGACACAGAAGUGAUAUUAUUAUUCGUACGUCCGAUAAGACGAGUCCGUAGGGUGGCCGGCCACCGCGCUCUAAUCAUCGUUACCGCACGAAUCCCAGGGGAGCGUGCUCUCUUGCACACGUUCUCUCCGCCGGCAGACAUAUAGGAAGGAGGUGUCGCUCUCUCCCCGGGUCGUGACUUGGACCGGAGUCCUCUCAUCGCCGAGUGGUUCGCACGUUGCUGGACGCCGGACCGCGGCGGUUGUGUAUGUUUGUUCAACCACUUUCGGUCGGGAGGAGCCUCACCCCUUGAGUUGCGAUUCACCCACCCGCGACUUCAUUCAGCACGGCCCCAACGUACCGCGACGCGACCCGACGACGACGGUCGGAUGGUGUGAUGGUGUAUGAGUGUGGACGCGACGCCCGCGUGAAUAAAUAUAUACGGGAUCUGAACGCCGCAAGUCAACCAGUCCAGUGCCGGCCGCGGAUGAAUACAGUCGCAAAGUGAAUUUGUGCAACAUUACACAAUUCGGAAGCACAUUACAUGCUGAUUGUUGUAUUGUAUCAAGUCUCUUCCGAGUGAUAUAACUGCAACGCGGGGAAUACUAUCGCCGUAUUCUGAUUCCCUUUUCUUUCCUGAAAGUCUAUGUGCAUUGUGCGUCCAAGAAGGAGUUUUUUCUCUUUGGAAAGGUGAAAGUGGACAAAGAAACAUAGACAACGUCGUAAAGCCGCCUGGAAAUCGAAUUAUACACAUCAAAGGGUUGCAUCGUGUCGGCUUGUGUAAUCCUUGUUUUAUCAAACCCGUUAUCGUUUCCUCGAUUUUAUUUUUGGGAAACUUGUUAGAGCGUUAGUGUUUUGUGUAGUGAAUAAGUGAGUGUUUUCAAUUCGUUGAGUUUUACGUUGUGCAAUCGAAAACGGAGAAGAAUCGAUCUCCGAAGGUGGCCAAAUCGUCAAAAUUCAAAAUGAAGGAUAUCAUCGCCAACAGGAACCUUAUCAACAAGGAUACUAUCUUUAAGGAAGUCGUUAUCAUUGGUAAUGGACCAAGCGGAAUAUCGUUAUCCUACAUGUUGGCAGGCAAUUGGCCAUAUUGGUCACCCGAGAAAAUCCAAAGGCAUCCGGACGAGUUGCUGCGGGCACGCCUGAACUACUACGAUCCACAGAAGAGCCUGGUAGAGCACGACCUCUUCAGUCUGGCCGAUGGAUUGGAAGGCCGCAGCACUAAUCCAGUGUCACUGUUGUUGGACAGCCUACAGCAUCCUUGCGCUGACCUUGGAAUGGAAUUACCCUGCAUGGUGGAAUACAAGUACCACCCGGAGAAGGAAAUCGACCAUCUCGUCCUGGGUCGAGGCCCUCCGGGUGGUUCCUGGCACCGGAUGGAUCCCAACCUGCGUACUCUUUCGCUAGCCGCGUGGAUGUCCCUGCCUGGAUUGUCCUUCCCCGAGUGGGAACAGACCCACCCACCGACGAUCGAACCCGAAGAGCUGAACAUGGACGGCUCACCCCUAAGCAAUAGCCACCACCACCAUCCGUACCUGCCGCCUGUCGGAACCGAGGAAGGCGUUAAAAUCCUCAAAUCCAAUAAUCACCACGGUGCUAGCAUUAAUCGUAAUAGAAAGAUACUUAUCGGUAGCAACAGUAGUAGCGUUAGUGCGAAUUCUACCAUUACCAAUGAUACAUGUGAUAGAUGUAGCGAACUGAAUCGACAGCAGCAGCAAAAAGUGCCCUUAUUGUGCCAUCGGUGUCGCAUCCAUAGCAGUAGUAGCAACAGCAACAAUAACAACCCGGCCACGGAAAAUCAAAACAUCCUACGGCAGCAGAACAACAGCAUUGCCUACGAGGAACGCAACGGCAAAGUCAACAUCAAACUGUGCCCGCCGAGGCGAAACCUUUCGCUGAAGCGGCAACUUUCGAAGGAGGUGGAAACGAGGGCACUGAUCUCACGGGUCGCCCAGUACUACGAGAGUUACGUGGACGAGAUGAAUCUGGCCAAGUAUUUCAUGAACGAUACCAUUGUGACGACGGUCCUGCCGCUGGACUUCUCUGCCGUGAGCAGUCCGGUGCCGGAGCGGUUGCGCGGCGGACGGUGGAUUAUUUCCGGAUUCGACCGCCUUACCAACAAACAAUUCACCGUGGUCUGCAAGAAUCUGGUGAUGGCCAACGGUGCCUCGGACCUGGCCAAUCGGUUGGGCGUCAAGGGUGAAGGCCUCGAGAUGCCCUGGGUCAAGUACGAAUUGCCCCAACUGGAGCACGCACUGGAAAAGAUCGACGACGGAGCACGAUCCCGGCUGAAACCGGUGCUGAUUGUGGGCGCCGGGUUGAGUGCCGCCGAUGCCGUCACCAUCUGUCGGUCCUCGGGCAUCCCGGUGGUGCACGUUUACCGCAACCGAACCGCUGGCCUGGACAAGAUGCUACCGGGUAACGUUUACCCGGAGUACCACGAGGUGCACAAAAUGAUGAAAGACUCGAACCGAAAGUACGAUCUGUACACAGCCCUGCCGGAGCAUACGAUUGCGGACUUGACGCAGUCGACGGGCAGUGAGAAAUCUAACUCGCAUCGAGUUACCGUGCAACAUUUGAAGACGGGAGAGAAGCGCGAACUGGAAGUGUCCUUCUGUGCUAUAUUGAUUGGAUCGCGUCCGGAUCUACGAUUCAUAGCAGGACUGACGAAGGGAGCAACAGUGCAAAACGGCCAUGAGUUUAAUUUUAUGAACAGGCAUUGCCCGAACAAGGAGGAUUUGGAGGAAGCUCCAUGUGAGAACAGGGGUCUGCAGCCGGUGGCCAUUUGGUCUAUCACCGAGCAGCUGUUGUCCUCGAGGCUGGGACGGAAGUUAUUUUGGUUUAAGAACAUUUGCGCCAAGUGUCGCCACUUGAACGUUUGUGAACGCGGUCGCUAUAAGCACCAAUAUCAUCAAGCAGGUACAGGCGAGAAGAGGGUUACCAACUGUAACCAUAAUAUUAGUUUGCUGGGAAAGAACUGCGAGUGUACAUUGCCGGUAGCUAGUAGCAUUAGUGACCACAAUGCUAGUAACGCAGGGCUAGGACUAGGCGAAGACCCAACCAAACCGAUCGAUUGCAAGAGUAAUCCCAUCGACGUGGACAAGUACACCAACGUUGUGCUUCGAUCCCCCUACAAGGGAUUGUACGCGAUGGGACCGCUGGUGGGCGAUAAUUUUGUCCGGUUCAUCCCCGGGGGUGCCCUCAGCAUCACCUCGGCACUGCACAAGCUGACCGAGAACGAUUGAUGUGGUCCGCCGGGCAACGCAGUGCGAGUGCUCUUUGUUUGAGGCGCCGGGUUUCUGGGAUAUGAAAUGGCGCCUCUUGUCGUUCUGGUUUGCUCUAACGACCGGUGAAGUCGUCAGGUCAAGAUUUGCUUGGAUUUUGUUUGAUUUGACUGUUUCCGUUCCGCGUGGGUUUUGCGGAGCCAUUCGUUUGGGAAACAGUUACAUAUGUUGCAUAACGCAGCGUUAGCUGCAACAAAUUUGAAUCACGUCCCGAUGGCGCAUUGGCGUUAUUGCUACCCGAGACACAAACUUUUAUGGCGUUACGUUUCAACCACCCAUGUAACGCGUGAUUCAUUGGGGAUGCCCCAACAAAAUUUCGUUCACUUGUAUUUUUUAAUUUGAGAUUAUGUUUACUCUCAUCAUGACAAUACUGUCCAGCCCUGAAACAUUCCCAUCAUUUUUAACGAGUUCACGUUUUGUGUAGAAAAAAAAUGUUUUCAGAGAGCUAUAUACGCUUGUUCUAUGAUGUAAAUGUAUAGUUUGCUAGUUCAAAAGCGAAGAUUGUUACUAAUGAAGUAGUUUUGUAUAACAUCCUAUUCUGCUAUUAAGUCCAUGAUUCAUAUUUACGAGGAAAGAUGCAUUUAUCACCAUAUUGCCCUAAUGCCCUACAUAUUCUAAUUAACAUGAAAAUUAGCUGGUCCAUAUUAUCCCGUAAAUUUGAAUCUAAACUUCUGAAUUAAUGCGAUAAAUGCAUCUUUCCUCGUAAAUGUGGACCCUGGACAAUAACACACGGCUUUUGCCCAGCAACAAAUAUCCUUUUCCAGUUGUCUUCGUUCGAGAAGAAAACGAUGAAAGGUAUUCGAAGCUGCACAAAAACACUGUUAAACCUGAUAGUCCAGAAAUGUUCCGCUUUGUAUCCCAAAGAAAAACGUUGUUUUUACAAUCUCGAAUAACAUUCACUGCACAUUCUAAGGAACCCUGCCGUUCCUUUUUCCGAUGCAGAUACCUUCCCGAGCCUUCUGAAUCAUUCCCUAGUACACAACCCUCCAGUAUAAUCCGAAAACAGUUAACAAUGCCAUACCGAUCAAAUACACAAAAGUAUAUCGUAUCAAAUCAAUCGUAUCAGUAAUUUACUUACCUAUCUUCUAAAUACGCAUAUGAAACAUAGUUCCAACCACCGUUUGUCCUCAUUUCAAUAUAUUGUGUUGCAACCGGCAGCUUUCCUCUGCUGCUGACAUCGCAGUACUAACUACUAUACUAAAAAUUGUGGAACCGAAUAGAGACUGAUUUGUAUAUUUUGAGAAUAGCCUAGCUCUUAGAAAGAGAAAUAAUCAAAUGGACAGCGCAAGGUUUGAAGUUUUCUCUCUAGUACACCAACUGUACGGUUUAUCGAAUUUGGUGCCCUUUCUAUGUCCAUUUCCUCAUUUGUUUUUAUAGAUACCUAUACCUACUUAAACGAAGAUUUUAAACUCUACUUGUUCAACAAGCGAAUACUUUUUACGUAACUUAUUACAAGAGUGUUGAUUGCGAAUAUAGGUUCUUAAGCGUUCAUAACAAUACUUAAUAUUAUCUACAACAGCUUUGUAGUCAUAAUCUUAUAGAACAUCUUCUGCUGAGCUUUCGCACGAGAUACACUCGGUAUUACUCGUUUGGAUGCUCGGAAGAAGCAUGUUACUGUUUCGCAGUUCAGUGCAAUGUUCAUAUAAAAGAAUAAAAAAGGUAUAAUAUCAAGGCAAUUUCAAGCAGAAUUAAACACAGGGUAGACUUAAAGUCCGAUAAAAUCAAGUUCAAUUUUUAGCAUCUAGUGAGACACGGUACACACAGUGUUGUUUGCCUUCGUUUAGGGAAACCCAAAGUUGUUCUACUUUUUUCCGUGGACUUUACGCUGUAUUAAACUGUUCAAAUUUGAUACAAAAAAUAAUGUACGGUUGUUAUAUUUUUGUCCUGCAAUAUACUUGGUUUACUGUUGCAAUCAA